CUUUCUGAGUCUCUCUCUUUUUCUCUUCUCUAGGCCAUAAUGCAGGGGGAGAACAUCGUCAAGCCUGUGCUGCAAGUCAUAAAUACGCGGGCUAUUGCUACAGGAAAUGGGCCACCGCGCUACCGAGUGUUGAUGAGUGAUGGUGUUAACACACUCUCUUCAUUCAUGCUGGCGACACAGCUGAACUCUCUUGUGGAAGAGGAACGCUUAGCAGCUCACUGUAUCUGCCAAGUUAACAGAUUCAUUGUCAACAGUCUGAAAGAUGGAAGGAGAGUGGUUAUUCUGAUGGAUGUGGAUGUCCUGAAAACUGCAGAUAUGGUUGGUGGGAAUAUUGGCAAUCCAGUGCCAUACAAUGAAGCUCCAGCAGCAAAUGCUGCACCCAGCAAACCACAGCAGCCCAAUGGUAAUGUAUCAGCAGCAGCUCCCACUGCUCCAAAGUACCAUGCUCCCUCCAAGCAGUUUGGGAAACCAAGUGCUCCCAGCUCAGUGAAGACACCAUGUGGCUCCCAGUCCAAAGUCGUGCCAAUUGCCAGCUUGAACCCUUACCAGUCUAAGUGGACCAUUUGUGCCCGUGUUACCCAAAAGGGCCAGAUCCGCACGUGGAGCAACUCCCGUGGUGAAGGAAAGCUCUUCUCUAUAGAGCUAGUUGAUGAAAGUGGUGAGAUUAGAGCUACCGCAUUCAAUGAUCAAGCAGACAAGUUCUUUCCACUCAUUGAAUUGAACAAGGUAUAUUAUUUUACCAAAGGCAAUCUGAAGACUGCUAACAAGCAAUAUACAGCUGUUAAGAAUGACUACGAAAUUACAUUCACUAAUGAGACUUCAGUUGUGCCCUGUGACGAUGCCCAGCAUCUUCCAUCUGUUCAGUUUGAUUUUGUAUCCAUCUCUGACUUGGAGAACACGCCCAAAGACUCAAUUGUUGAUGUAAUUGGAAUUUGUAAGAGCUAUGAAGAAGUCACUAAAAUUACAGUGAAAUCUAACAACAGGGAGGUGUCAAAGAGGAAUGUGCACCUGAUGGAUACAUCUGGGAAGCUGGUGACAGCUACGCUGUGGGGAACUGAUGCUGAAAAAUUUGAUGGUUCUAGACAACCUGUGAUAGCCAUCAAAGGAGCCAGAGUCUCUGACUUCGGUGGUAGAAGCUUGUCUGUCCUGUCCUCAAGCACAGUUGUCAUCAACCCUGAUAGCCCAGAGGCUUUUAAGCUCCGAGGAUGGUUUGACUCCGAGGGGCAGCUUUUGGAAUGUACCUCCAUCUCUGAUGUGAGGGGAGGACCUGCGACUGGGGGAAAUACCAACUGGAAAACUCUAUUUGAAGCCAAAUCUGAGAACUUGGGACAAGGAGAUAAGGCGGAUUAUUUUAGCUGUGUGGGCACAGUGGUACAUCUGCGCAAAGAGAACUGCAUGUACCAGGCAUGUCCCUCUCAGGAUUGCAAUAAGAAAGUGAUAGACCAACAAAAUGGACUGUACCGUUGUGAAAAGUGCGAUCGUGAGUUCCCCAACUUCAAGUACCGCAUGAUGCUUCUGGUGACUAUUGCAGACUGCCUGGAGUAUCAGUGGGUGACUUGCUUCCAAGAGUCAGCAGAAUUCAUUCUUGGGCAAAGUGCUGCUUUCCUUGGAGAGCUGAAGGAAAAG